CCCUACCUAUCGAGCCGUCUCUCGCCUUUCACAUGCAGGCCUUCGCACCACGGUGCCGAGUUCCAGAUGCGUAGAGCAACCUACAUACAUUGGUGGGGGUCAUUUUUCCACCCAUCUCUACUCGCUCUACCCGUAACGUACAGAUUGAUGAGCCUGACUGCAUACAGAUACGCCGUUUCGAUACUACCUAUAGUACAAAAGUAUGUAGGACACUACAUGUAUGUUAUAUUGUCCAGUCCUAAGUAUGUACAUGAGGUAUCCUGUGCGAUGCGGUGGCAUUUUCAGCCCAUCCGUCCAUCCACCGCGCCCCCCAUCUGUCCCAUCCAACCAUCCGCCCUUCCAUCCAUCUAUCCAUCCCAUCCAUCCCUUUCCAUCCCUUCCUAUCCCCCUCCCUUCCAGGGCAAUCCGAAUUCCUCGAAUUCCAUAAUGCGGAGUACCGGUAAGGCAAAGGAUGUGCAAAAUGUAGUCUCGAUUUGUCAUGGGCUUUUUCUUGGCCACGUUAGUUUAGAGGGGGGUUUCCCCUGGCAUGCGGUGAUCGGCGGUCUUGUCCUCAAAGCUUAACUCUCGCUUGCCUCCAAUCACCUUGUCGCCAAUCUUGUUGGAUUCUCCGCUACAUAUUGGUGCUAAUCCCAUCGCACUCGUAGCCCAGUACGCUAUUGUCUAUAUCGGUCUAGUAACAGUGGCAGGUUAAGUCAGGUACGUUGGCUUGAUCGUAUAGAAGCAAGAUAUAAGUACGGCAUUUCAAUAGGCCAAUAUUAAGUAGGAGCAAUUCUGUCUCCAUGGUACUAUGAAUAUGUAUUGUGGUUCAUCGUGUGGACUAAAUAUACAGGUGAAUCGAGACAGCUUGUGAUUUUAAUAAUCCAGAUUGAGGCGCCAGACAGCUAUUCUAAGGGCAUUACGUCCAACAUACA